AUGUGGGUUAUGGACCAAAGUUGCUAAUUUUACUAAAACAGGCGACUAAAGUGCUAAUUUCAGUGUACCAUAGAGAUCAUUUGCUCAAAUAAUUUAUUGGCGGCUAAUUAGCGGAAAGUGGGUUGCUCAAUAAUGGCGUUUUGCAAAUUGUUUUUGUAAUUGUCCCCUCAUAAUCGAUGCUAUCCCAAAAAAAUCCUCUUCUGGCCAAACUUACUUCCCAUAACCGGAAACUAUGAAGGCUGUAGUGAUCACAACUCCAGGAGGUCCAGAAGUUCUGAAACUGCAAGAAGUAGAAGAACCGAAAGUCAAAGAUGACGACGUGUUGAUCAGAGUGGAAGCCACGGCUCUCAACGGAGCUGAUACGCUAAUACGGCAAGGAAAGGAAACUCCUCCAAAAGGAGUGAGCGAGUAUUUAGGACUAGAAUGUUCCGGAACCAUCGAAGCCGUCGGCAAAAACGUAUCCCGUUGGAAAGUUGGGGACCAGGUAUGUGCACUGAUAAGUGGUGGAGGAUAUGCCGAAAAACUUCCCGGAAGUGGCAUGCACUGUUUGGUCAACGGUCUUCAUGACAAGCAAGCUAUCUUCAGGGGAAGCAUUUCUGGGAGUGACGAAAAAUUGAAGGCAUGUAAGGAGCUUGGAGCUGAUGUUGGCAUCAAUUACAAGACAGAAGAUUUUGUUGCAAGGGUAAAGGAGGAAAAGUGCACAUAUUGGCAAGAUACUACUGCUUGCAUACUCUCAUGAGUCAUGAUCCAACGUCAAAGAGUUAAUGGCUCCUUUGUGUAUUUGAUGGUUUGACUUUUAUUUCUUCCUAUGUUAUGUUUGAUAUCAUGUACUCUCAUAAAAGCAUGUGUUUGAAGUAAUAAAUGGUCUCAAGUGUAUAUAUUCAGUAACAUUAGCGA